CAGCAAUGUCAGGCAUAUUGGAAAGUAAUUGUCAAAGAAGGCACAAGUGAAUCCUGUAUAGUAUCAGCAAGGUGUGGAGACAGUUUGGACCUGAAGUAUUUUUCCUGCCAGCCUUGCUCAGCAGACCAUGCUAGGUUUGGAGUCAGAAGUAAAUGAAAGCUGCACAACUAAUCCUGAAUUUCAACAUGGUGUAAAGAUCUCAACCUGGAUCUUCAUAUUAGGCAGUAGCCUCAUAUUCCUUUUGGGUGUUGCUGGUAAUGGAGUGGUGAUCUGGAUGCUAAGCCGGCAUGUCAAGCGGACAGAGAUCACUGUUUGGUUUCUCAACCUUUCAGUGGCAGACUUCAUUUACACAGUGAUGGUGCCAUUCAGAAUCAUCUAUGCAGCCUUAGUGUUUCACUGGCCCUUUGGAGAGUUCCUCUGCAAACUUGACUUCUUUGUGGCCUUUUUUAACAUGUAUGCCAGUGUCUUGUUCUUAACCGCCAUCAGCUUGGACAGAUGCUUCUUGGUUACAUUACCAAUCUGGCAUCGCAACAAGCGUCCACAACAUACAUCGCUUGUAGGAAUCAUUGCUAUUUGGUUGAUAUCUUUUGCCUUAAGUACACCCUAUAUUCCAUUUAUCCAGAUUGUAGAUAUAAACAAGACUAUUUGUUAUAUCAACUAUAGAUCAUCUACACUGGGCAAUGAAGAUGUGGGAGCACAGAAGAUAAACAGAGAAAGGAUCAUGGUGAUAACACGUUUUGUCUUGGGUUACCUCAUUCCUAGUAUUGUUCUAAUUAGCACCUAUACUAUACUGAGUAUGAAAGUUCACAAGAUGCAACUGAAAAAAAUUAGUAAGGUGUAUAAGAUUACCAUAGCAACUGUGGUGGCCUUCUUCAUCUGCUGGACACCUUACCAUGUCUUCAACCUCAUCUACAUAGUCCAUUUCUCUAGCCCUGCUUGCAGCUACCAUCCAGUGGUUUACAUUGGUUAUCCAGUGGUCUACACCUUUGCUUAUACCAGCAGCUGCAUCAACCCCAUCCUCUAUGUUUUCUUUGGGGAAGGCUUUAAAAAGAAACUGUUCCAAACAUUAACUGCCACUUUUCAGAAAGCAUUUGAAGAUGAAGUGUCAUCCACUAUAUCCAUCCGUAAGCGUCCUACUCAACUUUGGAGUAGGAGGAAAGCCCAAGCCACAGUCCCGCAAGACCAGCCCUUGUCUGCAGUGCAUGUUCCUGACCUUUGAACUUUUAAAUAAUGCUUGUUAGGUGGUGUGUUGUGAAUGGGCAGCAUAAGCCACUGGCUUCUGAUGAGCACAGUGCUGAACUGUUUUAAACAACAGCGGCUUUCAGCUUACUCCACAGUCUCAGUCUGUUACUAGGAUGUAUCUUUGCUUUGGUUUAAUCAACAUUUCAUCCGCAUUCAAUAAUGAAACAAAUGUUGACUGCCUAUCAGUUGUCUGAGGGAUCAGAGAUAAUUCUUUCCUAGUAACUCAUCAGUUAUCAGUUUCUUAAAGUUCAGUUUAGGCAUUUUUUAAACACUGUCCAUCUUUUUUAUACUUUAAUAGUUACACUGCAUAACAUUCAUUAAUACAGUCUGAAAUGAUGUGAUAUUGAAUAAAUCUGACACUUAUCAUGACAGUGAUGUAUACUUUCAUUGGAAAAUUGUACAGUUCAGAACAUGCAUUUAACUUCUUACAGAUCUGUAAUGCUUGUUCAUGCUGUUAAAAGAAUUUAAUGGAGGCACACAUCUUUGGCAACAUUUUCACUAGCAAUAUGGACAGCCUAUCUUAAGAGUAAGUCUUUCAGGUGGAACAGGGAAAAUAUCCAUUAGACUUCUUUUUUAAGCAGGAAUACAACAACAACAUAUGUAGGCUUUGCUCACAUGGGGAUUAUGAUACUGCAAAUUGUUAUAAACAUUAUCAUUUCAUGGAGAAUUAUGUUCUAAUUGUUGUAACUGUGAUACUCGUCACCAUAAAAAAUCUACUGCCAAUCAUUAGCUGACUGGAGUUCUGCUGGCGACCCCUAACUGGGAAAAGACGAAAUUCAAACAAACAAACAAACUGGGAUACUAACUGUUGUGGAACUUUUUUAAAGUGCACUGUUAUCUGAAGAUAUACUUGAGAGGUGAAUUCAGUGUACUAGAGCGUAAGAGCAGUUAUACCACUUGUUAUGAGUGCUGGAGAUGUGAUCCUAAUACAAUAGCUUAUUUUUCUUCAGUUAAAAGAAACAGUGCAUUUUACCUGGCAUGGGAUAUGAUAUAUAAGUUAGCUUAGAGGAGUAAGAACACAUCGCCUUGCUAAAGAAGGCAUCAUCAGAGAUAAAAGAACUAGCCUUAAUAGAGGCUUACAUAACUUUAAAAAAACAUGUGACCAACCUGGAAUGCAGUUGCAUUUGACUUGCCUUCCAUUUAAAAAGACAAUGUAACAAAACAAUGUUAAAAUACCAUAAUAAAUCCUACAACAGUGAGAAACAGUAAAAAAAUGUUAACGUAUAAAAUAUAGCAAGGCGAAAGCAUUAAGAUUUUGUACUUUGUGAAUAAACUUUGCUUAAUUUAUGGUUAAA